AUACACGAAUACAAGAUUCCCGUGGGCAAGACAUAUACAUAUUGCUAGCAGGGUCCAUCCUCAACAACUUUGCAUAAAUAAUACAACAUUUAGGUACAAGUACAACCUUAUUUUGUUGAAUUUGUGUUUUCAAUCUCGAAGCUUGGGCAACCCAGAUGGCGAUCGGUUCUGGAGGAUCUUCCAUCGUGGUACCGAGGAACUUUAGAUUGCUGGAAGAACUUGAACGUGGAGAAAAGGGUAUUGGAGAUGGUUCUGUGAGCUAUGGGAUGGACGAUGCUGAUGACAUUUACAUGCGUUCAUGGACAGGCACCAUAAUUGGUCCUCACAAUACUGCACAUGAAGGUCGCAUAUAUACAUUGAAGCUGUUCUGCGACAAAGAUUAUCCGGAUAAGCCUCCAACUGUUCGUUUUCAUUCUCGCAUCAAUAUGACUUGUGUCAAUCAUGAAACUGGGGUGGUCGAAUCAAAGAAGUUUGGAAUGCUGGCGAAUUGGCAGAGAGAGUUCACUAUGGAACACAUACUGACUCAGCUGCGCAAAGAAAUGACCAUCUCUCAGAACCGAAAGCUUUCCCAACCUCCGGAGGGAACCUGCUUUUAAAAAAGAUGAACCCCUGAAAAAUGCCUAUUCUAUAGUGCAAUACACUCAUGUUGUAGACUGAAAUCCCGUGUUUUGAUCAUAUGCAUCGGAUUACCUGGUUGGAGCCAAAUGACUUUAGUUUUCUUUAUAAGAGAUUUGACCUCUUUCCUCA